UAGGCCCAACGGCCCAAAGGAAAGAAGCCCGUUAGGGUUUAUCUUCUGUUACAGAUUAGUUAUCUUUUCACACCCUCACCGCUCUUGCUCACAAACCCUACCAGUGUGUCUCAUCAGAAGUAACCUGCGAUUCACGAAAUUUUGAAGGAUGAGUAAGCUUCAGAGUGAAGCCUUGAGAGAAGCUAUCACUCAGAUUGUGUCGGACAGUAAGGAGAAAAAUAGAAAAUUCACUGAGACAGUUGAGCUACAGAUUGGGCUGAAAAACUAUGACCCGCAGAAGGAUAAGCGUUUUAGCGGUUCUGUUAGGUUGCCACAUAUUCCCCGGCCAAAAAUGAAGAUUUGCAUGCUUGGUGAUGCUCAGCAUGUGGAAGAGGCUGAAAAAAUUGGUUUGGAGUCCAUGGAUGUGGAGGCUCUGAAAAAGUUGAACAAAAACAAGAAAUUGGUGAAGAAGCUUGCCAAGAAGUAUCAUGCUUUCUUAGCCUCAGAGGCUGUUAUCAAGCAGAUUCCUCGUCUUUUGGGUCCCGGUCUAAACAAAGCAGGUAAGUUCCCUACUCUUGUGACCCACCAAGAGUCUCUCGAGUCCAAGGUGAAUGAGACCAAGGCUACUAUCAAGUUCCAAUUGAAGAAGGUGCUCUGCAUGGGAGUAGCUGUUGGGAACUUGGACAUGGAAGAAAAGCAGCUCUUUCAGAACAUUCAAAUGAGUGUUAACUUUCUGGUCUCUCUUCUGAAAAAGAACUGGCAAAAUGUAAGUAUCUUACUGUGCUUUGUUAGCUUAUUACAAAUUUCUAUCAAGUCUUUGGAAUGUUGAUGUCUAUAAAUCUCUCUUGAUAAGGUGUUUCAUCUUGUCGUGCCUCCGAAAAUAACAUCUUUCAUGCUUUUAAGGAUAUGCUAAUUUGGGGCAUGUUUUAUUGCAAACAGGUGAGAUGUUUGUACUUGAAGAGUACCAUGGGCAAGCCUCAACGCAUCUUUUGAGAGAGUCGUUAUCUGUUUGGAGUUUUAGGUCCUGCAGUUUGUAUGUGCUUUUUGAACUAAUAUUUCCUUUACAUGGGAAUUUUUGUCUUUUGAUGGAGGUGGGUUAAUUUUGUUUAUGUUGAGAAUGCUUUGGCCUAUACUGGAAUAGCAACAUUUCUUGUUUAAAAUUUUCAUGAAUCUUGUGUUUGAA